AUGGAAGGUGGCGCUGAGGAUCUGAGUGUUGAGAUUGUUGGUCUAUUGGAAACGGCUUAUGAGAGGCGUGAGCCGAUGACCAAAAUCCGUAAACAGCUUGAAAGAAUGUCAGAGACUUUGGCCGAAGCUGUGCCUCACUCAAAAUAUGCGGAGGCCAUUGUGAAAGGAAUGCUUCUUGCUGUUCAAAGACGUGCAAACCUAAACGUGCUCCUUAGCAUCCAAGAAACCAUCGAUCAGGUUUUUGAUACAUAUGGUCCUAUCCUUAUUCAAUAUGCCACCAGCAAAACUACCCAAGUGAGCAUUUUAAUAAUAACAAAACAAUAUGUUGCAUUUUUAUAAGUAAAUAAUUACAAUUUCUAAUUUCUCAAUAGAUCCAAAUCAUAGAGUCUGUGGAGAAGAUAUGUCUUGAACCUCAGUCACCAUUUUUCCCUGUUUUUGGUCAUGUGAGUAAGAAUAUAUUUUGAUA